AUGGAGGAACUUCAGGAGCCUCUGGGCCCAAAGGGCCUCAGCUUUGGCCCCUGCACAGGCUUUUAUUUUGAAAGGUCGGACUACUUCUUCUGUGACAAUCACCAGAAGCUGGAGCGCGAGGCGCGGAUCUGCCGCCUGCUCAAACACGCCAACAUCGACAUGUUUCGGUUUCUCCUCCAGCCGGAGAACCUGCUGCUGGCCAGCAAGCUGAAGGGGGCGGCGGUCAAACUGGCGGACUUCGGCCUGGCCAUCGAGGUCCAGGGGGACCAGCAGGCCUGGUUCGGUUUUGCCGGGACGCCGGGGUACCUGUCUCCAGAGGUCCUGAGGAAGGACCCGUACGGGAAGCCGGUGGACAUGUGGGCCUGUGGGGUGAUCCUCUACAUCCUGCUGGUGGGCUACCCUCCGUUCUGGGACGAGGACCAGCACCGCCUCUACCAGCAGAUAAAAGCCGGAGCCUAUGACUUCCCGUCCCCAGAGUGGGACACGGUGACGGCCGAGGCCAAAGACCUCAUCAACAAGAUGCUGACCAUCAACCCGGCCAAGAGGGUCACAGCCGCCGACGCCCUCAAACACCCCUGGAUCUGUCAACGCUCCACAGUGGCCGCCAUGGUCCACAGGCAGGAGACAGUGGAGUGCCUGAAGAAGUUCAAUGCCAGGAGGAAGCUGAAGGGAGCCAUCCUGACCACCAUGCUCGCCACUCGGAAUUUCUCAGGUAACUCUUCCUCUAUAGAUCCCCCCGCUGCCUCAUGUCGGGGUCUCAGUGGCCUUUGGUUCCUGCUGACUCGGACCGGAGCUCCAGGUCCAAACCCUGAGGGACCGGUCCAGCAGAACUCUGAUGUUCUCAGCAGUGACUCUUUUCUUCUUCUUCCCUCCUUCUCUUGUUCUUCUGCUCCAACCCGGAAGGUGAGAGUCUAGUUCUCCUUCUGGGUC